AUGGAAAAGGAAACUAACGACGACCAUAGCGCUACCCGGGAUCGGCGCCUAUUUGAGGAUGAAUCUGAUAUUCAAAUCGAUUAUCCUACAGGUUGGAGGCUGUGGGUAAUUACAAUAGGUCUUCUCAUUGGCCUCUAUCUGGUCAACCUCGAAGUGACAAUUGUGAGCACCUCGCUUGUCAGUAUCACAAAUGAUCUCGACGGCUUCAAGAAAACAAGUUGGGUUGUUACGGGCUUCUUAACAACAUACACAGCUUUCAUGCCAAUAUGGACCAAAAUAAGCAAUAUUAUUGGACGCAAAAGAACAUUCGUUGCUGCACUUGUUGUCUUUUUGGCAUUUUCUCUCGGAUGCGGAGUGUCUCAAAAAAUGAAUCACUUGAUCAUAUUUCGGUCACUACAAGGUGCAGGCGGAGCAGGAAUCUACUCCCUUGCAAUUCUAUGUAUGUAUGAGCUGGUUCCGAAACCGAAGGUUCCAUUCUAUGGCGCAUUGCUAGCAGUUACUAUCGCGCUCGCGUCCUUGACUGGCCCCAUUUUCGGUGGUCUUGUUGCAGAGAACUCGGCAUGGAGGUGGGCCUUUUAUCUGAACCUCCCACCAGGAGGAUUGGCAGUCCUUAUGUUAAUCGUUGCAAUGCCUUCGGACUUUGGAACCAUAAACCCACAGCCAUUAUCCGCCCUAAUACCAAGCUAUUCCCUCUUCCAAAGCCUCGAUGCGCUAGGCUCCUUCCUGCUACUGGGUGCGUCUCUUCUGCUGGUAACGGUAUUAAACGAAACAAAUAUUGAGUUCGAUUGGUCUUCGGGAACUGCCAUUGCCUUGAUAGUUCUUUCUGGGGUUAUGUGGGUUGCAUUCUUUGCAUGGGAGUGGUUUAUACCUGAUUACCUACUGGGUCUGAAACCGAUAUUUCCGAAGCGGUUCUUCCACAAUAAAGCAUGGAUGGGAAUGUUGGCCACCAACUUCCUUUGCGGCUGCCCUUGGAAUGUAGUCAUCGUCUACCUGGCCCAAAGAUUCCAGCUCAUCACCAGGCUCGAGCCCCUUGAUGCUGGUGUUCACAUCAUACCAUAUGCCGCAGUUGCAACAGUGGCUACUAUGGUAACAUGUCUAGCGAGCCGCAAACUCCGUAUACCUGUGGUUUACUUCUCGCUGAUUGGAUCUAUGCUACACACCAUUGGCAUGGCGCUUUUAACAACACUCCCAGAGAACUCAUCUUACCCUGCAAAGGGAUAUGGAUUUGAAGCCAUCGCUGGUGCCGGUGUGGGAAUUACAAUCGGUAUUUUGACAUUGGCUGUGCCAUUUAUUGUCGAAGCCAGAGACUUAGCUACGGCUACGGGAGCUCUCAACCAAGCUCGAUUCCUAGGUGGAGCGAUUGGAUUAGCCAUUGCGUCAAACAUCCUCUAUGGGAAACUUAAAAGUGAUUUGCCCGAUAAUUUGCCCUCCGAUCAGGUUAAUCAAGUCAUCGAAAGAGCUGGUGUUUUAGAUACCCUGCCAGAGAAGGUUCAAAAGGCAGCAGGAACCGUCUUUGCUCAGAGCUACACGGUACAGUUUCAGGCUAUGAUUGCCUUUGCUGCCUUGCAAGUUCCAGCAUCCUUGUUGAUCUUUAAGCGUGGGCGGCAAUACGUUGCCACAUAG